AUGCCCAAGUUUGUCCCACGGCAGCGGAAACACAAAGCGCGGGCCAGAGAGAACCAGCCUAAGCUGUCACAAGAUACCAAUGCCACAGAGGUAGCUCCAGUGUCAAAGGAAGAGAAGGAGGAGAGGAGGAGGAAGCUGAGAGAGGAAUUGAGAGCGCAGCAGCCGAAAAUUUCAGGCAAGAAACAAAAGAGAUUAGACAAGUAUAUUUUAUAUCAGGACAACAAAUUGCGCAAGGAUGAGAACCUCGCGCUUAUCAAAAAACUUGCGAGCUCCAAAAUCGAUACAAGUCAGCUGCAGAGCUCCCGUGUUUUGGGAAAAUCAAAUAAGCUGGUAACUAAAAAGCCGCAGCGCUUGCCGGGUGAUAGGCGAAGUACACCAAGCUUGCCGCAACCAGAAUCUGAAAGCUCUGGCUCUGACGAGGAUCUUCCUUCAUCGCGCACCAAUGCCCGGUUGGAUGGUGGCAUACCCACAAAUCCGGCAGUUGGAAGUGGUCUGAAGCGGCCGUUGGAGAUUGGCGAGGAUGGACGUCCGAUAAUAAAAAGAAGGAAGAAAGCACCAAAGGUCAAACCAGUUGAAAUUCAGGAACUGCCAUGGGAGGGCUUUAAUUCGGAAACGGAGUCUGGUAUUGAUAAGGGAGAAGAUUCCGAGUCAAGUUCACGCAGCGGCAGCGAUGGAUCCGAGGACGAAUAUUCAUCCUCAUCCAACAGCGAAGUCGAAGCGCAACAGAAAAUCAAGCCUCGGCAGUCUGCCUUCAAGUCAUGGGCAGUACAACAAAUUAACGAGGCAGCGGGAUUUACUCCAGAAAACACAGCUGUUUCCGCUCUACCUCCCCAAGAGAUCAAGGGAUUUAAACCAAGAAACACGGCUGAUGAGGAGGAGCAACUCCCACAAGAACUAAAAGUAACAAAUGGAGAUACCAGCAGGAAAUCUUUUGCAGUUCAGAUUAACAGGCCGGAACAUAUUCAGGCUUCUCGCCUAAAUCUUCCCGUUGUUGGAGAGGAGCAAAAGAUAAUGGAAGCUAUCCAUAACAACCCUUGCGUGGUAAUAUGGGGAGCAACGGGGAGUGGUAAAACAACCCAACUUCCUCAAUUUCUGUUUGAAGCCGGCUAUGGAAGCCCCGACAGCCCAAAUCCUGGCAUGAUUGGCAUCACCCAGCCCAGGCGAGUAGCCGCUGUCAGUAUGGCAAAGCGCGUGAGCGAGGAAUUGGCUCAAUAUUCUGACAGGGUAUCAUAUCAAAUCCGAUUUGAUUCAUCGGUUACAUCAAAGACUGCAAUUAAGUUCAUGACAGACGGUGUAUUGAUAAGAGAAGUGGCCCAGGACUUUUCACUGUCGAAAUAUUCUACAAUUAUCAUUGAUGAGGCCCAUGAAAGGAGUGUUAACACCGAUUUACUGAUCGGUAUGGUUAGCCGCAUCGUGGAUUUACGGAAGACGAUGAGUGCAGAAAAUCCAUCUAUAAAGCCGCUGAAACUCGUCAUUAUGUCUGCUACUCUACGGACAUCUGACUUCCUUCAAAACCCCAAUCUUUUUCGGAGUGGAACUCCGCCACUUGUCCAGGCAGAAGGCCGGCAGUUCCCUGUUACUAUCCAUUUCUCUCGCAAAACCCAUCGGGACUAUGUCGAGGAAGCUUUUCGAAAAAUUUGUAGAGGCCACCGUAAAUUGCCUCCCGGAGGUUUCCUGGUAUUUCUCACUGGACAAAGUGAAAUUAAGGACCUUUUGAGGCGUCUUAAAGUCGCAUUGAAAUCUACACGAGCUUCCGGCUACUCUCAAGGAAAGGUUCAAAUUAAGCCCUCAGAAACUUCCAUAGAAGCAGACGAUAUUGAUUUUGGCUGUGGAGGCGAGUCAGCUACUACUGCCUUUGAGGGAGACGAUGGCUAUGAUAGUGAUAUUGACAUUAGGGGUACAGACGAAGACGAAGAGGAUGAUGAUGAAUUUGACGAGGAAGAAGGCGCCGUGGAUUCAAAGACAUCUGUGCAUAUCCUGCCCCUAUACUCCCAGCUGCCUACAAAGGAGCAACUUCGAAUUUUCGAACCGGUACCCGAAGGGUCUCGUCUUAUAGUACUUGCAACCAAUGUGGCAGAGACAAGUUUAACCAUACCCGGAAUUAGGUACGUCUUCGACUGUGGGCGAUCGAAAGAGAAGCAGUAUGAUCUAUCCACAGGUGUUCAAAGUUUCCCUGUUGGAUGGAUCAGUAAAGCGAGUGCGAACCAGCGUGCCGGCCGUGCCGGCCGUACAGGGCCUGGCCAUUGCUACAGACUUUACUCAUCCGCAGUUUAUGAAGAUUCAUUUGCGGAGCACACUGAGCCAGAAAUACUCCGCACUCCAAUCGAGGGAGUUGUCCUGCAAAUGAAGCAUAUGGGCCUUCACCAUAUUAUCAACUUUCCUUUCCCCACUCCCCCUGACCGUGUCGGGCUGGCAAAAGCUGAACGCCUUCUCAAAAACUUGGCCGCUUUGUCAAUAGAUGGACAAGUUACGGAAGCUGGUCGACAUCUUACACUUUUCCCGCUGAGCCCUAGAUUUGGCAAAAUGCUACAUAUUGGCCAUCAGCAUGACUGUAUGCCGUAUACAAUUGCUCUAGUUUCUGCACUUUCGGUAUCAGAGGUAUUUAUUCAAGAAAAUCAACUUGAUCUAACGCCGGUAAACCCCAAAGCUGGUGAUGAUGACAACGAGGAUAAUAAAGUAUACACAAAUGCAGAUCGACUCGAGGACGACGCCAGAGAGCAGCGCCGAAAAGAUUAUCAUAGAGCGCAAAGGAUGUUUAGCAAACAUGACGAAAAGUCAGACGCAAUGAAAUUCCUUACAGCCGUGUGCGCGUAUGCCUAUGCCCCUGAUGGUGACAAAUUCUGCUCUGAAAUGUUCCUUCGUCCAAAUGCUAUGAAGGAAGCAUCCCAGCUACGCCGUCAAAUAUCCAACCUGGUCCGAAUUAACAAUCCAAACUUGCUGGGUCAAUUCGAACCUCGUUUGCGCGAGCCAUCCGAAAAGCAAAUACGAGCAUUGAAGCAGAUAACGGCUGCAGGAUUCAUUGAUCAAAUCGCCAUCCGUGCAGAUGCUGCCCCAGUUCGUCCUGAAAUGCCUCGAAAACCAAGAAGAGCCAUUGAUGUACCAUACUUGACACUAUUCCCAUCUCACGAUCGCUAUUCCUCCGAACUAGAGGACAGGGCAGUUUAUCUACAUCCUUCCUCCAUCAUAGCUAAACUAUCGUUGAGCGAACUGCCGCAAUAUAUCGUGUAUUCCCAUCUUCAGCUAUCUACACCAUCACAUGUGGGCGAUAAAUCGAAAGUUCGUAUGUUCCCAUUAACGGCAGUCAGCGGUCUUCAGUUGUCUGCCCUUGCACAGGGUACGCCCUUGGUUGACUACGGGAAACCGAUUGGGAAGAUAGAGAGCCUGGGAGGGUCGCCGGAAAGACGGGAGUGUUGGGUGGUGCCUUCACUUGUUGGAGAACCUGGAAGCACUGGAUGGCCACUUCCAGCUAAAAAGGUCGUCCAGGUGAAGGAUAAAAAACAUGGAUGGAUUAUCGACCGCUUUAUUCAAUAA